AUGUCGAGUUCGAACCCGGGAAACUCGCCUCGUCCGGAUGAGCGCCGGUCGUUGCGAGAUCGUAUUGCCGACAUCCUGCGUCCCACUUCUCCGUUGUCGUGGACGCCAGUUUCCAACAAUACUGGACAGGCGGGAAGAUCGUCUUACUUCGGUCAUGCUCAGGAGCCUGAUGACAGGAGUCGACUGCUGGAAGACUAUGACCGAAGGGACUCCGUCUGCGGCUUGAGGGAGUGCAAUCAUGGAACAUUCUCCCCACGAGCCGAACAGCAUGACUCUGAUUCUUCUCACGGGACGGGGUUUCCCUGGGGCUUUAGGACCCCACGGGGGAUCGCUUCUGGGGUUCACACGCCGACAACAGAUGGCGUCUCUGUAACUAAGAGGCUGGCUCUGGAGCACGGUGUGAAGCAUCACCGGACUAUGUACCUAUCUUAUUAUGUCCCAUUUGUCAAUUGGAUAACCCAAUACCGAUGGUCUUUUGUCCGGGGCGAUCUGAUUGCUGCUGUGACCGUCGCAUCGAUAUACAUUCCCACGGCUCUGUCACUGUCCGCGAACCUUGCUCAUGCACCUCCCAUCAACGGACUUUAUUCUUUUAUCAUUAACCCGCUUAUCUACGCGAUCCUGGGCAGCAGUCAACAGCUCAUCGUUGGUCCGGAGGCUGCAGGAUCUCUCCUCGUCGGGUCCGUUGUCAAAUCAAGUGUAGAGCGAGGCCAUGCGGAAGAGGAUGAUGAUGUGGCACAUGCACGGGUGGUGGGGAUUGUGACAGGCCUGUCAGGCGCAAUGAUACUGAUCGCCGGAUUAACUCGACUGGGAUUUCUGGACAACGUCCUUAGCCGGCCUUUCUUGCGAGGCUUCAUCACGGCCAUCGGAGUUGUAAUCUGUGUGGAUCAAUUGAUCCCGGAGAUGGGGCUGGCAGAGAAAGCAAAAGAUGUCAGUCACAGCAGCACUGCCGAGAAGCUCGUAUUCCUGGUUAAAAAUGGGAAGGACGCUCAUGGUCUGACGACCGCUGUAGCGUUUGGCAGUUUCGCCAUCAUCAUGUUGUUCAGAACUCUGAAGAAGACACUUCAGAAACGAUAUCCUCAAGUUGCAUAUUUCCCGGAUCGGCUUCUCGUGGUCGUCUUGUCAGCUAUCCUGACGUGGAAAAUGGGUUGGGACAAGCAAGGUCUAGAAAUAUUGGGGUCUGUUAAGCCGGGGAAGGGCGAUGGCAAUGGACUAUUGGCGUUCCGAUGGCCAUUCGUCCUUAGCCACAUGAAGCACGUUCGUAAUGCAAUGGGAACCUCGUUCGUUAUCGCGAUUCUUGGAUUCUUUGAGUCGUCGGUUGCUGCCAAGGGUCUGGGUGACGGGGCUCGUGACGGCAUAAAGGCAGCCCCAGUUUCCGCGAAUCGUGAGAUGGUAGCCUUGGGUGUGGCCAAUGUGGCUGGAGGUUGCUUCAUGGCGCUUCCUGCCUUUGGGGGGUAUGCAAGAAGCAAGGUGAACUCCUCCACUGGUGGCCGCACUCAGAUGAGCAGCAUCUUCCUAAGUAUAAUUACAUUUAUUGUGGUUGUGUUCCUCUUGCCAUACUUAUAUUAUCUUCCAAAAGCAGUCCUCUGUGCGAUGAUAUCAGUGGUCGCCUAUUCUUUGAUUGAAGAGUGUCCUCACGACGUGCGAUUCUUUAUUCGAGUGCGCGGGUGGUCAGAGCUAACCCUGAUGACCCUUAUCUUUCUGGCAACGAUAUUUUAUUCUCUUACUCUGGGCAUCGCGCUCGGGUGUGGUCUUUCAGUCCUUCGGGUCAUCCGGCAUGCCACGCAGCCACGGAUCCAAAUUCUGGGGAAGGUUUCUGGCACCUCGAACCAGUUUGAAAACGCGGAGCUCCAUCCGGAAAAAGUCGAAUUCAUCGAGGGUUGUCUGAUUGUCAAGAUUCCCGAACCGCUUACAUUCGCCAACACAGGUGAUUUGAAGAACCGUCUUCGCCGCCUUGAAUUCUACGGAACCCCUCGGGCCCACCCUGCGCUUCCGAGAGUCCGGCCAGAGGAGAGGGAUAAGAAUGUCAUCUUCGAUGUCCAUGGCGUCACCAGCAUCGAUGCAUCUGGGACUCAGGUUCUGCUUGAGAUUGUCCAGGCGUAUGUCAAUCGCGGCGUGAGGGUGUUCUUCUGCCGUCUCCCGUCUCUUGACAGCGACGUGUUCCAGAAGUUUGAACGCAGUGGUAUUGUCGAAUGCUGUGGGGGCAUGAGGCAUUUCGUACCCAGUGUGGACGAAGCUCUGAGGUUGACCGAGCUGGAGGAUAUUGAGGCUUAA